AUGUCUUACUCCAUCUACGACGCAUCCAUCGUCGCUGCGAAACACCUUCUCACAGCCCUCCAAGGCAUCCUCGCCAAGGCCGAGGCGCACCCUGACGCAGCUUCGUUCCCCGAUCGCCGCCUCGCCCCGGACAUGCUACCCUUCUCCUUCCAAGUAUGGUCCGUGUGCGCGCUCGCCGAGGCGCAGGCCUUGACGCUGCAGCAAAAGGAAGCCGUGAGGAAGGAGUACGAGGACGCGCCGCUGCCGACCUACGCCGCCAUGCGCACGCGGAUCGAGCAGGUUCUGGCGCUGCUGGAGGCUGUGGAUCGCGACGCGGCGGUCGAGGCCGGGGGGAAGACGACGACGAUUGAUUUCAAGAGGUCUGUGGGGAAGAAGGAACUGACCGGCGCGGCAUUUUGCGCUGGCGCGGCCAUCCCGAACAUGUACUUUCACACGACAAUCGCAUACGCGAUUCUCAGAAACGCAGGCGUUGAGCUGGGCAAGUUCGACUACGUUGGACCGUUCUUCAUGGGUAAUAUCGGCAUGUAA